AUGGAGCAGGAAGAUGUUGCUGAUGUGGUGAAAGUUGAAGUUGCCCACAUCUACUUUGACAUUGUGAAGUGGGUUGAGGAGAAGGAAAAAGUGAAGCUAUUGGCCAGUGUGAAGAAUUGGAUCAGCAAGAGCUUUGUUCCAGUGCUGAAGCCAGUGAAGAAGCCAGCUGAGUUCAAGGCGAAAGUCGCAGUUGAUAAACAAUUCAGGGAUACACUCAUUCAAACGGCCUUCAGAAUGGCGAAUGAGUGGGUGUUUGAGGACCCCUUGUGUCCUCCCACCAAGCCCAGCCAUUUGAAGCAAUUGGUCGCAUGGUGGAGGGAUGUGAACCUGGCCAAAGUGUGCUUGGCCAAGCCUGGAAGCAAAGUGGUGAGUCUCUUUAAGUAUGUCAACUCACCCCAGGCACAUGUGGCUGCAAAGAAAAAGGCAAAGAAGAAAGAGUUCAAAGAAUGGGACAGUGAACAGGAUGGCGAACAGGACAGCGAAUGGGACGGCGAAUGGGAUGGCGAAUGGGAUGGUGAAUGGGAUGGUGAAUGGGACGAUGACAACAACAGCAACAAGGACAACAACAACAAUAUCAAUAACAAGUACAACGAUGACGACAGUGACGACGGCGACGGCGACGGCGAGGAAGCCAGCCAACCAGACACUCACCCAGAGGACGUUGCAUUGCCGCCAGCAAGAGUUGCUUGUGGCAACACAAGUUCACUGGUUGUUAUGAAGAACUCCUGCGGAGUUAAGCGUACAGGUCCAAGCACAUACAAUGUGGUGCCAAAGAAGACAUGCACCAAGUCGGCCUCCAGCAGCUCUCAUGAGGAUUCAGAGGACCAGGAAUCUUCACUUUGCAGCCAACUGGCGGCAUGGCUAGCAUCACCAGAGGGCUCGCCACUGUUGUGUAAGCGCAAGUGUGAUUCGUUGGUCGACGCUGAGACCACGACACGACCCCAGCCUCCGGCCGACGCUGUUCUUUGUACGAAAAAACAACAAACUACGUCUGCAUCGACCCAGGAGCGGUCGACUCAAGGGGAUGACCAGGCCGCGAGUGCUGCAAAGCAACUCACGCGCCUGGCCAAUACGCAGCCCGGCGCCCAGCAGCCUCGCCAAGAUCCAGACAAGCCGACCGAGGCCGAGAUUGACUCGGUCUGCGAGCACUCGGCCCCUAGGAAGAGCGGGCAGAAGUGGGUGCUGACCAAACGCGCACUCGAACACGCCCAGCAAUCACCUGCCCCUGCCCACGUCAACGACGACCUGAAGGUGGUCGACGGGGACAAGCUCCGCCAGCGGAUUAGCAAUCUGCCCGCCUGGGCUGUUCCUCCGCCUGCAGCCCUAGAGGCUGCGAUCAGAUCCGUAACGGGCGCGGACGACUUAGAGUGGGACCCCAUGGCGAAUGGAACCAUUGCGCUCAAGUUCGAUAUGGAGCAAGUCUGGAUGGCCCGCCGGAACAUCAAGAUCUACAUCGCCUACAGGCCUAGUACGCCAACGCCACAGUACAUGCGUAUUCACUAA